GGAGUGAGUCUGAGAACACUGAGACCACAGCACAGAGCGAUUUCUUGAAUUCACAUGACAAUUCAUUUUUCAUGACAUUACUGCUGAGUGACUUUAGGUUAAGAAGAAUGCUAAGGAUGUUCAUGUAUUUUAGGUCAAAGCUACAGAUUUAGAGAAACAAAAAGUUAAAUGCCUUUGUAGAAUAAAUUAGGUACCUGGGAUAUUUCUUGGAUUGGAUUACCUCACGUCUUUCCUAAGGUGGCUGUGUCAUCUUUAACCACAAGGCUGAAGAGCUGACAACAUGGCUGUGAUCCUAUGGGCUAUGGGUCUCUGUCUGCUGAUGCAGGGCUGUUUGUGCAGUGUUGGACAGACUGACAGAGGCUGCAUGAAAUGGACACAAAAAGGAGAUAAUGUUUGCUGUGAAGCCUGUUAUCCUGGAAACCGCCUAUUCAUAGAUUGUGGUCCAAGCCCGAAAGAUCUUUGUACUCCUUGUGAGACUGGGACAUUUACAGUGAACCCUAGAAACUACAGGUGUACCAGGUGUACACAGUGUGUAGGUGCUCAAGUCCUUGUGCAAGAGUGCACAGCCACAACAGACACAAAGUGUGGCUGUAAAGAAGGACUCACCUGUGGUGAUGACCGCUGUUCCUUCUGUGUUAAGAAGUGUGGCAAAGGUCAGGAACCUUCAGCGAAACGUUCUUGCAGACCAUGUCCAGAAGGAACCUUCAAUGACCAAAUUCACCAGAAGUGUAAACCCUGGAGUACCAAGUGUCCCAAUCCAGAUCAGAAGAUCGUGGCCAAGGGAGAUGCAGUUACUGACAUUAAGUGUGCUUCAAUUAAUGUUUCACUUGCUACAGUGAGCCGUCCAAAACAACCAGAUCACCCAGAACAGGCAUGGCCAUUGGUCUUAUCUGUGGUCACCAGCGUAGUUUUGAUGGGCUUUAGCAUCAUCAUCAUCAUCACUGUGGCCAUGAAAAUCCACCGGAAAAGAAAAGCAGAAAAUUACAUGGAAAAGCCAUGUAUCCCCAAAACACCGAUAAUCAGAACCCCUACAGAUGAUCCCAUGACAUUAAUAGCAAUGGAGUGCAGUUUCCACGAGGCCCAGCAAGAGCAGGGCAGCAGCUCAGAGUCACUUGCCUCCAAGGACUCCUCAGAUCAGCUCCUGGGCUAGACUGCUGAAUUCAAUGAAAGGAAACAGGAUAUCCUGAAUAAGAUGCGGUCCUUCUUUGUGAUUCUGAGCCACAAGUUUGGAGAAUGCCUUUGGUCUUUGGAUUGUCUAAAUGAAAGAAACAGAACACUGUGUUCACCCAGCUGUCUUUUAUCUACCCUCUUUUCCUUUAUCAGAAUAACUAAAGCUACUGUGAAAACACUGAAAGGUCAAGUUAAAGGUAACAUUUUUCUCUACAAUUACACCAGGAUACAAUUAUAGGAAACUUCUCAUCAAUCAGUAAAUAUAUACACAGGGGGAGGAAGGGGAAUUCUGAGAGGGAAAAAACAAAGUGGACAUCUAUUCAUCAUGUAAAUUAUAGCAAACAGCAAGGCUGUGUUUUUUCCCCUCAAGUUAACCUUAAAAGAUAUAGUAGUCCUAAAAGAGCUAUGGCUAUGGUCAAUCUUGAGCCAAUGGACUGUGUAAAAUAAUACUAUAGCAUUUGAAUGAGUUUCACUACUCUGAUAUUUGCAUGUCUGAGCGGUAAAGCUGCUGAGUGUUGCUCUAUGUAAAUGUACAGUGCAGGUGGGUGUUCAGUGUAAAAGCCUGACAACAGUCAGGUUUUAGUCCCGCCUAAGGCUGAGCCCACAUAUGCCUCCCAAAAUACCUAGGCUACUGUUUACUGCUGAACAUGUACAUUUAUAAUCCUGGCUGUUGCAAUAGCCAAACUUGAACAAUGGUGUCUCAAUCAAGAUUUCAUGUGAUGAAAUGUGAUUUAUCAUGGGAUAGUUUGUUACUUUUUGUCUGUUUUGGUUAAUUAUUUAAACUUGUCUAUGUGGACUAUUUUGUGUGAUAAAUUGUGAAUAAUAGUGCACAGGAUACAAUAGCUUUGUGUACUAUUGUAUAUAAAUCAGGUUGAAGACAGCGUGGUAUACAGCCUCUUCUACCCUACUUUGCCAGGAACUAAAUGGACUUUCCUACUGAUGCUUUAUUGGUGUCAAAAAGUCCAGUGAAGGGAGUUCCCCUUUUUGUCAAUAGGUAAGACAAUCCUACAACACAUGUAAAGCACCAGGGAGUCUACAGUUCAGUACAGAGUAUGCAUAUCUACUGUACCUUGGUCUUUUUUAAUGAGGCAGUUAAGUUAUUCAACAGCACUCCUUGAGCAAGCUGCAACAUGCCAAGAGUUACCACACAGUAGGUAUCCUGUAUGGACUCUUGUGCGAUUAGUCAUGUGGGCACACAUGUUUGAGAUUCCUAUUAAGUGAGUCAUGUGGGAAAUCCUUGGGACAAAUAUGAUACACACUUAAAAAAAUUAAGAACACACAAGAUAUCAAAAUGAGGUGCAAGGGUCAUGUGGAAAACCCAGAGUCAUUACUGUACUCAUUACUUUUGCUUAUCUUCUAGCACAAUUAAGUGGGUAGCGAGAUCAGACCAAGUGGUACUUUUUUCAAAAAACAUGUCUUUUCUCAACUGUAGCAGGCGUAUGUUUCUUCUGAAAUGGAACAUUUGAGAAAUGUGCUGUGUGGGCUUAAGGUGACAAUGUCAGCCCACACCUAUAGUAAUGCAUCAGUGAGUGUGUGUGAGUCACAACUCCAGCAAAGUGAUGCCUGCUGAAAGACCACAAAAUUCAUAGGUGCUGCCUUGAGAAGAGUUACCACAGUACAGUAUCAGUCAUACAGUAACAUUUUCAUGUUACUGAACUCAAGAACUAUACUAUUUUACUUCAUCUGUCAAGUGUUACCUGAUUCAUUUCAUGCACUUAAGGUUUGAUUAUGUGAAUUUAUCUCUUUCUUUGACAUUUUUCAUGACUUGUUUUAUAAUAUCUUCAGAACUAUACAUGAACACAUUGGAGUAUGCAUUCUUUUACAUUGUAUUUUUAUAACUUUUUAAACAACGAACAAAAAUGUGAAUUGUUUUUAUUUGUUGCACUUGCAUAAAGAACAAUUGCAUUCAUAGUGGUCCACCUAAGCCGUGGCAUAUUACAUUUAUAAAAACACAAACAAAAAACAACAAAAA